UAAGCAAAGAAAAAGAUGCGGAAUGGCUUAUGGACAUACGCAAAAGUAACGCAAAGUGGCCACAUGUUACAAUCCACAAUACCUACAUUAUGUAGGUAUUUAUUAGUGUCUCGGUAGAAUUUCCGUGUAGAAUUGAAACAUCUCUACCAUGGCUUCUGUGACUGCUCAGCCUAAAGUUAAACGCAGAUUGAAUUCAAGUACUGAUGAGUCACUUUCUACUGCUUCAGCAGAGCAGAGUUCCCAAGCAUCCUUGUUAAAAUGCUCAUGUUGCUCUCGUGUCAUCAUCAAACAAGAAGGACAACCUAGAAAAUGGGAAGGACCAGCUAAGAAAGUUAAAUUAGAGUUCCCAGUUGAGGUAAAGCAAGAAACAACCUCAGCACCAAGUCAGGAUUGUUUGAGGGACAUUAAACGAGAGCCAAAUUCAAACCAAACAGUGAAUGCAAAUGAUGAUGGAGGUAUCAAUUCUGAAGAGAAAGAAGUUAAAACUAACAAACUAUAUGUUAAUAAUGUUCCAAAUAAUGCUGGAGCCAGAAUGCAUCAAAAGCCCUUUCAUAACACAAAUAGUAAUAACAGAUGGAGGAAAAGACGUCAUUGGCAAGAACGGACAAACAACCAGGGCCCUUUUCAGCACCAAUACAAGCGUCCUUGCUCGAUGAAUUACCAGCAUCAUUGGACUGCUUGGAGACGUCACCAUGAACAUACUAAUUAUAAUUCUAGAUAUUCAUGGCAUAAUAGGAGUAAUUAUAUUAAUAAUGACAAUCGACAGUAUAAUAGCAACAAAAGACCCCUCCUUCCUCUCCCUAACUUGCAUCCCUCCAAUCAAUCAAAUUCAGGAUAUAGCUAUGGUCCGAACUCAGUGGGGAGCAGCAAAGUUCCUACUAGCACUCCAAUAAAACCCAAGUUGAAUGAGUCUACUUCCUACCAAGUUGCACAUCCUCAACAAUUGCAUGUAGCAAACAAGUCUACUUCUGGAAAUCAGAUUUCUUCUAUAAAGAUGAAUGUUAGUACGAGUGAAAACCCCAAUGCGACUUGCCAAGAGGGGACUGGGGUUGACGGCGUGGAAGAUGAAGGUUGUUUAAACGUGGCAAGUAAUGAACAAAUUUCACAAGCUAAAGACAAUCAGCUUGGCUCUGAAAAAGCAGCCGAAGACUCUGUCAUACCAGUCAACGUUUUCUGUUUUUCUUGUUUACAUCCAACCACUAAAACGGGAGCGGGGGAUAUGCUGAAUGUUUCCAGCUCAUCUGAAAUAGAAAUUAUGUAUAAUUCCUGCGACAUUCAAAUUUGCUCUGAAGAAGAUCGUAUACUAUCACGCCCUGCAAGCAAUAAGGCUGUACCUCAACUCAUAAAUUUAGAUGAUAGUGUUGACUGUACUCUUCGAGGCGAGGCUCCAGAGAUGAAUUUGAGUGUAGAUGGAAAGAAAGAAUUGGAUUCCAUGCGCUCGUCUCCUUGUCAGAAUGCUGUUGCAGGAGAUGCUGCAAAUAGUGAAAAUGGGGAGCAAGAUAUAGAUGAGAAUGAAGGCUGGGAAUUGUCUGAUGUCGGUGAGGAUAUUGAAUUGAUAUAUUCAGACGAAUCCGGGGAUGAAGGCCAUUUAAAGGCAAGUACUCGAGUUUCAGCCAAUAAAUGCGGCGAUCACGCCACGUCCGAAAUUACAAUUGAUGCGCAAUUUUUAAAUCCUGAAGGAAGCACAACGCCGGGUGAAGUACCCAAAGUCAUUGAAGCAAAUAUGUCGUCUCAAGUGAACUCGGCGCUCAUUGAGGUUGAGAUCAAUACUCCAAGUGUAGGAAGCGAAAGCUAUGAGCAAUCAAAGGCAAGUUUUUCUCCUUCAAAAUCGAACGACGAAAACUCAGUUCUCUCUCCGGAGAUUUCGAUACUGCGAGAACAUAAACGAGCGUCAAUUAACUUAGAAGAUCCUGAGGCAGAUGAGAUCAUAUCACUGGAUGUGCCCGUUGAUGAGGAAUUAGAAGAGCUUGAUGAAGUGUCGAUCCUUCCGUCUCCAUCUCAACGUUCAAAGCUGAAGACCCCUGAUACAACACCGACUCGGCUUUUAAAAUUUGCAGAACCAAAAAUCUUCGUAAGAUCGCCUGCACUCGUAGCAUCCAUGAAACAAACCAUUACUUUACUAGACAACGAGGAGCUGCUUGAUGAAGUCAGUCUUGUUGAGUCUUCAGAGAUAAAUCGAACCUCGGAAAGAGUCUCGAAUUCACCUCGAAAUUCUGAUCAGACCACACAGCUCACCGCGGAUGUCGACAACAAUAUUGUAAAUAACGUCACUACUGUUGAUAAUUUGCAGGUAAAUGAAAGUGCAAUCCCUGAUCCUUCACCUGGCGAGUUGCUUGAAAACAAUGACUGCCUUAUUCUUGAAGUUGAUGUAUCAAAUGCGAAAACUGAAACGUCAGCAAACCAAACUGCUUCAGAGUACAAAACAGAAAAUUACAAAAACACAGGAUUAAAACUCGAAUUUACUAACCGUGAACGUGAGUUAUUUGAAAACAUUUCAGAAAACAUUUCAAAAUUGUACAAAUGGGAUAAUGAGCUGGAGCAAAGUCACACAGGAGACGUGAAGCUGGAUUUUAAAACAGAAACGAAAAGCCCAGUCAGACUUGCAAAUCUGCUUGAGAAGUUUGUUGUUGAUAGACAGAAGAGCGUUGAGAGGACCUCACUUGUAAGAGGUCAGCUGUCGGAUGCUUCUCCCGGUACCUCUGGAAGUGCUUAUAAUGAGGAUAUUGUUUGUCUAGAUUAGGAAUAUUUUCCAUCGAUAAAUUUUCAAAACCUAAAUUUAGCCUAGUAAUAAUGGAGACAACUUUUUUUACUCUUUUUUUAGCACUCUCGAUUACAAAUAAAGUACAAAUUAUAUACGCGUGCGUCGUACAAGGAACUACUGACAGGAAAAUGGCAAACGUCACUUUUUUUGUAGGUUUUUGGCAUUGUCGGUGUGGAAACUUUUUCUUUACAGUCUCUAUUUUGUUUAACCGAAAAUUUGUUUUUGUGAAAUAUAUUUUCUCAGCGAUUUUGCGCGUCUUGGAGGUGUACGAGUUGUAAGUGUUCCAUGUUACAAGUCACGACUUGCUUCAGAAUAAUAGGUAUUGUUUCUCAU